CGACUCUGAUUCACCAAACCCAACCCACCAGCCGAGCCAACCCCACCAUCUCUCUAGUCUCUCCCAUUCUCUGUCAAAGCCUCAAAGGCGUCGUUAAGCCGUCGAAAGCCCGUCAAAAGGGGAAAAACCCGAAAUGAAGAAUAAGGCGUCGCGGCUCUCCUGAUUCCAGCGUCGACUUUCGACUUUCUCUUAAAAAAGCUGAUCUCACCCUUUUGUUUCUCUCUCCUCGUUCUCGCUCGGCUCCGAUCUUCGGCUCAGAUCCAACGCCCAUCUCCUCCCUUUCUCUUUCCCUCUCCCUCCUCUGCAACUCUUUCUUUCUCUCUCUACAGCUUUCUCUCUCUAAACUCUCUCUCUCUCUUCGAUUCUCUCUCUGCUUCUUCACUCUCGAUGUUUCGCACUCCAACGGGAGGAGGAGUUGAAGAGGGAGGAGUUAUUUUUUAUGUGUUGUGGUUGCGUUUCUGAGGAUUGAGGCUUAGGGGAAGACUGAGUCCGCGCGAUGCUUCUAUUUCUCGUGAAUUUUGAGGAUUUGGUGGAAGGCUGAGAGCAUAUUCAUCCCCUAAAUGCAAUUAUUUUUGGUAGGAAAGCAACUUAUUAAAGAAUAUUACCAGACUUGAGUCCCUAACUUAUAGUGGCUGCAUUAGUGGAACCAAUGGACUGGAGUGUAAAUAAUGCAUUUAAAACAUAUAAAGUAAUGCCCAGUUGCUGUCAGAUAUCUUGUUUGCAAUUCUUGGAUUUAGUGGGUUUUUCCAAGGACGAUCAGGGAUUUUCUACUGAGUUGUGGAGGAAGGCGUAGAGAUUGUCUCCUCUUACAGAAGAAAAGGAAUGACAAAAUCUUCAAAGGGAGGAAGUUUCUGAUCAGAUAUUGAAAAAGAUGCAGAACCCAAAUCAGUAAUGGAUAUGGCUCUCAUUCCAAACAUUGACCCAAGAGAUAUUGGAUUGGGUUCUUCAGAAAAGGGCAAUGUUGGUCCUGCAGCAAAACCAAGAAAGAAGACAAUGACAUCAGUUUAUCUCAAGUUUUUUGAGACAGCUCCUGAUGGGAAAAGUCGUAGGUGUAAAUUUUGUGGACAGAGCUAUUCUAUUGCAACUGCCACUGGCAAUUUGGGAAGGCACCUGAGCAACCGCCACCCAGGAUACGAUAAGUCCGGGGAUGCUGUCACCAGUUCGGCCCCACAGCCUAUCACAAUAGUCAAGAAACCUCAAACUCAAGUGAAAUCACCACAAGUGGAUUUCGAUCAUUUGAACUGGUUGCUAAUAAAGUGGCUCAUUUUGGCCUCACUCCCUCCUUCAACCUUGGAGGAAAAGUGGCUUGCAAACUCCUUUAAAUUUCUCAAUCCGUCAAUUCAACUCUGGCCAGGUGAAAAGUAUAAAGCCGUAUUCCGUGAAGUUUUCAGAAGCAUGAGAGAAGAUGUAAGGGCAUCUUUGGAACAGGUUUCAUCAAAAGUAUCGAUCACAGUUGAUUUCUGGACAUCCUAUGAACAGAUUUUUUAUAUGAGUGUUACAUGUCAUUGGAUUGAUGAAAACUGGUGCUUUCAAAAGGUUCUUCUUGAUAUUUGUCACAUACCUUACCCUUGUGGAAGCAAUGAGAUCUAUCACUCACUGAUAAAGGUUCUCAAGAUGUACAAUAUUGAAAGCAAAGUCCUAUCCUGCACCCAUGAUAACAGUCAGACUGCCAUGCAUGCAUGCCAUUCCUUAAAAGAGGAUUUGGAUGGUCAGAAAGUGGGACCCUUCUGCUACCUCCCUUGUGCUGCUCGCACUUUGAACAUGAUCAUAGAUGAUGGAUUAAGAACCACAAAGCCAGUAAUCACUAAGAUCCGGGAGUUUGUACUGGAGAUGAACUCAUCCUCAGAGAUUUCUGAGGAUUUUAUUCAAUUCACAACUGUUUAUCAAGAAGGCAGUUGGAAGAUUCCGCUUGAUGCUUCAGCCCGGUGGAGCGGCAAUUACCAGAUGCUUGACAUUGUGUGCAAGGCUGGCAAGUCCAUGGAUGCUGUCAUCAGGAAGUAUGAGGAGACCCUAAGCGGUAGGAUGUUGCUCAACCCUGCAGAGAAGAAUGCAGUUAACAUUGUGUAUGCGUAUUUGGAAGCCUUCUACAAAAUCACACUCAACAUGAUAAACAAGGUGCCAACAAUUGGUCUGGUUCUUUUCUUCAUGGAUCACAUUUCCGAAAUGAUUGCUGGUUGCAGAGAAUCCCUUCGUAGUCCAGACUGGCUAAAGAAUGCUGCUGAAGAAAUGGCCAAAAAGACUCGCAGCUACAGCAAUCAGGUAUGCAAUAUAUUUACAUACAUGACAGCAAUUCUUGAUCCCCGAAUCAAAGCUGAGCUCAUUCCAGAGAGCCUCAACUCGGAAACCAAUCUAGAGGAAGCAAGAACCCAUUUCAUGAGAAAUUAUUCAACAAACCAUUUCCCAUCCAUUGCCAGUGGAUAUAGUGCUCAAGAGAUUGAGGAUGGGGCGAGUGUUUCUUUUGCUGAGGAAAUUGCUAGAAAGAAACGAAGGGUGAGCAUGAGCACCGCCACUGACGAGCUCACCCAGUACCUGUCAGAGCCACCUGCUCCAAUACCAACAGAUGUUUUGGAGUGGUGGAAGGUGAACACUACACGUUAUCCACGGCUAUCUACAAUGGCCCGUGAUUUCUUGGCUGUUCAGGCAACUUCUGUGGCACCUGAAGAAGUGUUUUGUGGCAAAGGAGAUGAGAUGGAUAAACAACGGUUCUCAAUGCCACAUGAUAGCACACAAGCUCUCCUAUGUAUUAGGUCAUGGACGCAUGGUGGAAUCAAAUUGAAGUAUAAAUCAACCGAGAUAGACUAUGAAAGCCUGAUGGAAUUAGCGACGGCUGCAGCAGAUAAUGGCACUGCAGGCUUCGACAAGAAACAAAAAUGAGGAGAGAAAACAGGACUUGUAACCAUAAAGAAAAUGAAAAUGGAGAGGUUUUAGCAGCAACUUGGGUCACGCAGCAACAUGGAUACCUGUAAUGUAGCUUCAACUCAGAAGCAGGAAUGGGUGUUCCAUUUACAUUCUCUUUGUUGUAUGUAAUUUGAUUGUACAGAUGAGAAUUUGAGAGAAUGCUAACUAGAAGAGAGGGAGAUAUGGCCUUUAAAUUAUUAGUGUUAUGGCGACCAGUUUGGAACAUACUGAUGUCAAAUUUUUGUUCAAUUUAGGCCACUAAGUAAAUAUUUGUUUGUGCUUUAA